UGGAGCACUGUCAUCUCGAGCCUUCAGCAGUAGGCGAGCAUCACAGUGCCAUUCUGACUGUAUUUUUUUUUUUUUUUUCAAUGUAUAUAUUUUAAGGGUUUUUGUCUGUACUCUAAAUAAUCCACAUUUACACGAUACCACGUGAAUGGAUAGGCUUAGAACUUUACUUUUGGGGAGUUUUUCUUUCUAACUGACUAAUUUCCAAAGAAUUGGAUUCUAAAGAGAAUUCGACGAACGGGAUUCAUGAACGUACUGCGGACACCCAUAGUUUUAUAAACAAGGUUUUACAUCUUGAAAGAUGGUCCCUUUUCUACAUCAUUGUGGAUCCCUCUUAAUUGCCUUGAUAUGUUAUUUAAUCAGAGCAACAUCUUCACUGAAUCUUGAGGAUCCAAAUGUAUGCAGCCAUUGGGAAAGUUAUUCUGUUACUGUGCAAGAAUCCUACGCACAUCCGUUUGAUCAGAUUUACUAUACCAGCUGUACUGACAUCCUGAACUGGUUCAAAUGCACGAGACAUAGAGUCAGCUAUAGAACAGCCUAUAGGCGAGGAGAGAAAACAAUGUACAGGCGGAAAUCACAGUGCUGCCCUGGAUUUUAUGAAAGCAGAGAGAUGUGUAUUCCUCACUGCACUGAAAAAUGUGUCCAUGGCCGUUGUAGUGCCCCCAACACCUGUCAGUGUGAGCCUGGCUGGGGUGGACCCAACUGCUCCAGUGCAUGUGACAGUGAACACUGGGGCCCUCACUGCAGCAGCCGCUGCCAGUGUAAGAAUAGAGCUUUGUGUAACCCCAUCACUGGGGCAUGUAUCUGCUCUCCGGGCUUCAAAGGCUGGAGAUGCGAGGACAGCUGCGAUCCAGGGAAUUAUGGGAACGGAUGCCAACAGAAAUGCCUGUGCCAAAAUGGAGCUACCUGUGACCAUGUUACUGGAGAAUGCAAGUGCCCUCCUGGGUACACUGGGGCCUUCUGUGAAGACCUGUGUCCACCCGGGAAGCAUGGCCCUCAAUGUGAAGAGAGGUGCCCAUGUCAAAAUGGAGGAGUGUGUCACCACGUCACUGGGGAAUGCUCCUGCCCUGCCGGAUGGAUGGGCACAGUGUGUGGUCAGCCAUGUCCAGAGGGGAGGUUUGGAAAAAACUGCUCCCAGGAGUGUCAGUGUCAUAAUGGAGGAACGUGUGUCUCAGCUACCGGUCAAUGUAACUGCAGCCCAGGAUACACUGGAGAGAGGUGCCAGGAAGAAUGCCCUUUUGGAACAUAUGGAGUAAACUGUGCCCAGACAUGCCAGUGUAUGAACGGAGGGAAGUGCUACCAUAUUAGCGGUGCCUGUCUGUGUGAGGCUGGCUACAACGGUGAGCACUGCGAGGUCAGACUGUGUCCAGAGGGAGUGUACGGCAUCAAGUGCGACAAAAAUUGUCCCUGCCAUUCUCACAACACCCAGAGCUGUCACCCCAUGUCUGGCGAGUGCUCCUGCAAACCUGGUUGGUCUGGACUCUACUGCAAUGAGACAUGUGCUCCUGGGUUUUAUGGGGAAUCCUGUCAACAAAUCUGCAACUGCCAAAAUGGGGCUGACUGCCACAGUGUAAAUGGGCAGUGUAUUUGUGCCCCUGGAUUUAAGGGCCCAGACUGUUCAAUGGCUUGUCCGCUGGGGACUCAUGGAAUGAACUGUUCCUCCACCUGUAACUGCAGGAACAGUGCUGUGUGCUCCCCAGUCCACGGCUCAUGCACCUGUAAAGCAGGCUGGCAUGGCGUUGACUGCUCAAUAAACUGCCCGAGUGGUACCUGGGGUCUUGGCUGCAAUGUAACCUGUAUGUGUGCCAAUGGAGGAGCCUGCAAUGCUCUGACUGGGAUUUGUACUUGUGCACCUGGGUGGAGAGGCGAGAAAUGCGAGUUUCAUUGUCAGGACGGUACUUAUGGAAUGGACUGCACUGAACGCUGUGAUUGCAGUCAUGCAGAUGGCUGUCAUCCUGCCACUGGACACUGCCGCUGCCUUGCAGGGUGGACAGGUAUCCACUGUGACAGUGUGUGUGCAGAGGGACGCUGGGGGCCAAACUGUUCAUUAUCCUGCAACUGCAAAAAUGGUGCUUCCUGCUCCCCUGAUGAGGGGACCUGUGAAUGUGCUCCUGGAUACAGAGGCACCACCUGCCAAAGGAUUUGUUCCCCUGGUUUCUUCGGGCACCGUUGCAGUCAGGCCUGCCCGCAGUGCGUACACAGCAAUGGACCCUGCCACCACAUGACUGGACAGUGUGACUGCCUGCCAGGGUUUAAAGGGGCCCUCUGCAAUGAAGUUUGCCCCAGGGGCAGAUUUGGAAAGAGCUGCGGUGCAAUCUGCACCUGCAUCAACAAUGGAACGUGCAAUCCCAUGGAUGGGUCCUGCCAGUGCUACCCUGGCUGGAUCGGAAGUGACUGCUCGCAGCCCUGCCCACCAGGACAAUGGGGGCCCAACUGCAUCCACACUUGCAACUGUCACAACGGAGCCUACUGCAGUGCUUACGAUGGGGAGUGCAAAUGUACGCCUGGCUGGACUGGCCUUUACUGCACACAGCGCUGCCCCCUGGGUUAUUAUGGGAAAGAUUGUGCUCUGAUAUGUCAGUGUCAGAAUGGAGCCGACUGCGACCACAUAACAGGACAAUGUACCUGCCGCACAGGAUUCAUGGGGAAAUACUGUGAACAAAGUAAUAAGCCCAGCUACACAAAACCUGGGGUGAUAAUAAUAGGAAAUCUGAACAGCUUGAGUCGGACGAGCACAGCAGUACCUGCAGACGCGCACCAAAUUGGAGCAAUCACAGGGAUCAUUGUCCUGGUGUUCAUCGUCCUCUUCCUCCUGGCCCUCUUCAUUAUCUACCGGAAGAAGCAGAAGGGCAAGGAGAACACAAUGCCUGCAGUCACUUACACCCCCGCCGUGAGGGUGAUGAACACAGACUACACCGUUGCAGACACCAUCCCGCAAACUAAUGGUUGCAAUCCCAACAGUAGCUACUUCUCUAACCCAAGCUAUCACACACUGACCCAGUGCACUCACCCACCGCAUAUCAACAACAUGGAGAGGGUUGCGCGUGGCAAGACAAAAAACAACCAGCUUUUUGUAAACCUUAAAAAUGUGGACCACAGAAAGAGACCCCCAAUGAUGGAUUACACAGGAACACUACCGGCUGACUGGAAACAGGGAGGCUACUUUAACGAACUUGGAGCCUUUGCUGUUGACAGAAGUUACAUGGGAAAAUCUCUUAAAGAUCUGGUGAAGGGCUCCACCUAUAACUCCAGCUCCUGCUCACUGAACAGCACAGAGAACCCGUAUGCAACCAUAAAGGACCCCCCGAUGUUGAUGCCAAAGAACACAGAGUGUGGCUACGUGGAGAUGAAGUCACCCGCACGGAGAGAUCCCCCCUAUGCUGAAAUUGGAAACUUGGCCUCCACCAACAAGAAUGUUUAUGAAGUUGAACCUACAGUGAGCGUCGUCCAUGGACAGUACAGCAAUGGUGGGUCUUUUGUCCAGGAUCCGUAUGAUCUUCCAAAGAACAGUCACAUUCCGUGCCACUACGAUUUACUCCCAGUGCGGGAUAGUCCCUCCUUGCCAAGGAAGGACCUCAGCAAAGAUUGAACCCAGCCAACACUGGGGAGGUCAGAGACAGCAGUAGCACCAUGGUGACCCAUGGCUCAGUGGACCGACUGAAGACCUGUCAUCCACUGACCUGCACACCGGCAGUUUAUGUCUUCUGUAGAUUCUUCUUCUUAUUAUUAUUAUUUUUAUUGUUGUAGUUAUUGCAAUUACUGUUGCAUUUUCAAGAAGAACUUGACACAAGUUUCCAAAUUCAACAUACAUUUCCAAGGAUGCCACACCAAGGACACCCUUAUUAGAACGUUCCUGCACUGCCGUUAGCCAGAGGGCAAAACUAAAUAAUUAAACAGAAUGGAGUAACACCAGUGCAAAUUAGUAGAUUGUCAAAGCAUCCCUUUGAAAUGCUAGUUAAUGUUCUUUUUUUUUGUAAGGAUGGAAAAUUUGACAGGAAUUACCCAGUGAAUCUCUUUAGAGGAAUGAUUUGAUAUUACAAAUCUUUAUAAAAAUGAUUAAACUGGUAAUUCCUGUAUAAGUUCACUUUAAAUCAUUCCAGUGAUCAUUAAUACAUAUCAGUAGUUUUUUUUUCAACAGUAAACAAAUAAAACACAGUUUUGACUUUAUUUUUGUAAUGAUGAAGCAGACAUAUACUAGGCAAUAAGAUGAAUACCCAGAACAGACUUUUAAUACAAGUGUGACUGAGAGUGCAGCUGAUACUGUUUUAUUAAACAAGAGGUACAUGUAACCAGUACUAUACUGCAGCCUUCUUUUUUUCUUUUACCCAUUGCAGCAUUUUAGUUACUUUUGCUAAAUCCACCUCAAUCCUCCUUUGCUUACUUGCUAUCAAAGAGAACCUUUCUAAAUGCACCCAUAGUUAUAAUGUGCUUAAGCUGGCCUUUUGCAUUGCAAAACAAAACAACUAAAAAAAAAAAAAAAAAAAAAGAUAAAAAGAAAUAUGUUUUUUUUUUAUAUACAUGCUACUAGAAUUGUCUGUAUGGUGAUAUGUCUUUCUUUUUUAAUAUAAGCUUUUCUGUACUGCUUUGGUUUUCUUUGUUAUUACUCAAAAGAGCGUUUUCAUUCAUACAAACCUUCAUGUUUUAUAUAGGCAAAGGCAAGUCUCAAACUAUUCUGAGCCAGAUUGUAUUAUGAUGUUGUAUAAAAGAUGAUGUAUAUAGCUGUAAAUCACUUUAGAAAUGAUUCAGCAGUGGUGCUUGUUGACAAUUUGUACUGUACAGAAAUACCAUUGUGUAAUAAAAUCAACUUAGGCAGUUCAGUAUUUUUUUUUUUCCUGUGGUAAUAGUAAAGUUUAUUAAGGCCCUGUUAC